UGAGAAUCCUGAGCCCUUCACCAAAGAGACUAGGCCAUGACUGGCAACGAAAAGCUCACACCUUUCCUAACACCUCCAAACCCAACUCUAUCUCCCCUACUCCCCCUCCAUCUAACCCCUAAUUCCCCUACUCCGCACCCAUUUCUCCACCCCCCUUCUUCUCCCCUCCUUCAGCCGCCUUCCUUCAGCCGCCUUCCUUACCCAAGUGGUGUGCAGUACAAGUUGAACGGGGAGUCCUAUUUUCGAAGAAGUUGUGGCAAGUCUUUUAGAAGUGGCUGUGCGGGGCUGUGGCUUGGUGGGCGGUUUUGGGGGUGGGAAGAGGGGUUGGGGGUGGGGAGAAGGUGGGUAGAGAGAUAG